CAUGAAAGGGUGCCAUUGGUGCACAUGUUAUGCUCCCUAUCAUAUGAGUGUAUAGUAUAAUGUACGUCAUGUCCCCCAUUGUUAUGUCCAAUGAGUGGAGAACUAUAGGCAACCCUCACUUGAAUUGUAACAAUUGAUGUAUACAUACAAAGGCUAUACAUUUAACAUACAUAUCAUGAGUACUACUACUGUAUGUAAUAUCGAGUGAACUCUGAGUGAAACGUAAAUAAGGUUUUGAUUGAAGUGAUUAUCAAAAUUGUGAAACAAAUCGCCAUUAAGUUUAUGUCAUAUAAUCGCCGACUAUUUUGGUGGCCAAAUGUCCGCAACAAUUCAUGUCAGCCACAGAUUAUCGCAGCGAUAAACACAUUAAGAUAGACACCAAUCGCAUGAGUGAUCACACGAGUAGUACGAGUGGUAGUAGUGAUCGCCAAACAAAUUGUGUGAAAAUGCAAAAUGCAUUGCAAGACAAUAACACUACCAUUGAUCAGACGGACAUCAAUUGUGAUGAUCAACAACACCGCAUGACAUCCGUUAACAAGUGGUGCCAAGAUAUGACUGCCCAGAAGAGUGUCCAAACAGCGGCCACCGCCAAGUGUUCGUCACCUAAACUCAAUCUAAUGGCUGAACUGUUUGAGUCCGAAGAAGAGGACGACGACAACUCUGAGGUUGAAUCGUUCACUUUAGACGAAGAGUCGUCGGUCAUGGACUCGAAGACUUCCAAAUUUUUAUUGUCCGCCGAAACAUGUGAUUCCAAACUAACAUCCCAUAUGGAUGCCCAGUCCAGGACUAACUUAGAGGCACUUCUCGAUGGAGACAUAAUUAAAAAUCUAGAUAAACAACUCCUUGAUGCCGACAUAUUGAGACGUAUUGCUUCAUCAUUAGCCGUCAAUGAUGUUCAUCUGGCACUGGACGAGGCGGCCCAAGCCAUCGCUAAGAUGAGAAUUAACGAAUCGCAACUCACUUCGUUAACCAACGAUUCUCAACAUGAAUCGGAUGGCACGCAAGUUCUUACCUCUGAUGUCGAGGCUUCUCAUCUCAUCGAUGACACGGCUGACAGGUCUGAACGAUGCAGUGUUAACGAAGUAACAGAAGAAGGCGAGAGUUUUCUCUCGUUUGCUUGUGCUUCGGGUCACUACGAGUUGGCCAAACAACUGUUGGUUGCUCGCGCCAAUGUCGAGGACAGGGGUCUUAAGGACACGACACCACUUAUGGAAGCUGCCAGUGCUGGUCAUUUGAAAUUAGUAGAGCUUUUAAUUCAACACAACGCCGAAGUUAAUGCUCAAACAUCUCAAGGAAAUACUCCUCUCAUGUAUGCCUGUGCCGGCGGUCACGAAGAUGUAGUGCGAUUUCUAUUAAAACACGGAGCAAACGUCGAGGAUCACAAUGAGAAUGGACACACACCGCUGAUGGAGGCGGCCAGUGCUGGUCACGUCAAUGUCGCUGCUAUUCUAGUGGAAAGCGGGGCCAGUAUUAACACACACUCUAAUGAAUUCAAAGAAUCGGCCCUUACGUUAGCCUGUUAUAAGGGACACUUAGAAAUGGUUAGGUUUUUACUAGAAGCCGGUGCUGAUCAGGAACAUAAAACCGAUGAAAUGCAUACGGCGCUCAUGGAGGCUUCAAUGGAUGGACAUGUUGAAGUGGCACGACUACUUCUAGAUUCCGGUGCUCAAGUUAAUAUGCCGGCCGAUAGUUUUGAAUCACCAUUAACUCUGGCCGCUUGUGGAGGUCAUGUCGAGUUAGCGAUGCUUUUAUUGGAAAGAGGCGCUAAUAUCGAAGAAGUUAACGAUGAAGGAUAUACACCAUUAAUGGAAGCGGCCCGUGAAGGUCAUGAAGAAAUGGUAGCUUUACUUUUAAGUCAAGGCGCAGACAUCAACGCUCAAACUGAAGAAACUCAAGAAACAGCUUUAACAUUGGCCUGUUGUGGAGGUUUUAUUGAUGUCGCAGACUUUCUCAUCAAAGCCGGUGCCGAUAUUGAGGCCGGAGCUAACACCCCACUGAUGGAAGCGGCACAAGAGGGACAUCUCGAUCUUGUGCGUCAUCUGAUUAACUCUGGUGCCAAUGUCAACGCUACGACCAGUUCGGGCGAUACAGCAUUGAUGUAUGCGAGUGAAAAUGGUCACACAGAUGUGGCUGAGCUUCUUCUUCAAGCUGGUGCUCAUUUGGAACACGAAGCCGAAGGGGGGCGAACCUCUAUAAUGAAAGCCGCCCGCGCGGGACACUUGUGUACCGUUCAAUUUCUAAUCAACAAGGGUGCUAAUGUUAACAAAGUAACCACAAACAAUGAUCAUACACCAUUGUCAUUGGCCUGUGCGGGCGGCCAUUUAGCUGUUGUUGAACUACUGUUGGCCAACGGAGCCGAUCCCACUCAUCGUUUAAAAGACAGCUCAACAAUGCUUAUCGAGGCGGCCAAAGGCGGACACACAACUGUCGUUCAAUUGUUAAUUGAUUAUCCGACUAAUAUCAUGACACCGUCGCCAACUAACCAAUCAAUAACAAGUGAAAUCUCUUCACGGGUUCCCUCUCAUGGUCUUCAUAUUGACGAAACACCUUCGCGAACACAGUCUUCAAUACCUUCGAUUCAAUCAAAACUGAAUAUUCAAAAAUCUAUUUCUAAAAAGAGUUUAUCCAAAGAUAGCAGUUUACCGAAUGCAAGCAAUAAUCUUUCUAAUAAAGUAUCGGAUACUGUGGACAGUUAUGUCUCAUUUUCUAAAGGAAGAACAGCUAACAAAGUUCUGGAGCGAAGUUUGUCUGACAGUGGAAAUGGACUAUCUUUAACACCGCCAUCUAAUUUAGGCUUAUCUGAGUCGUCAGCUUUUUCAAGUAUUGAUGCUCUUAAAGAAGCCGAACGAUUAGAGGCACGAAUUAAUGAUAUGAUUCGACGAACUGACGAAUUGGAUCCGGCAAAGGAAGAACAAAUUCGACAAAAACAACAGAUUCUCGAGGAAUUGCAAAGAGUUGAACGCGAAUAUCAGGCUCAUUGGCAGCAACAGCUCAUACAGUGCUAUCAAGCAGGUCUAUCAUGUGGUCCCUCGUUAUCUCAAUUAUCAUCUAAUUUACCACCACUUGAUGCCAAUACUGUCAAUGCAAGCACUGCCUCCCAGGGAUUGCCUCUCUUUUUUGAUAAGUCAUUGAAAACCGAUUUGCCCUUUCAAUUGCCUUCUCCUAUAAGUCAAACUUCGUCCAUCGAUAUAACCUCUACCGAGUUUGCAAUGGUUCCGACACAGACAUCAAUAACUAAUACGAUCAACACGUCGACCAAUACAACUAAUUCGAUGGCAACACCUCCCGUUAACCGUCGGUUUCGGUCAAACAGUAAAAUUAAAAGCUUAUCGGCUAAACACGCUCAUCAAACGUGUGUCAAUACUAAUUAUAAGACUAAUUCAAUUCAAUUGAAUGCUGAAGAAGUGGAUAAACUAAAUAUGAAGAACACGAUUAACUCUGAACAACAAAGUACUGCUAGUAAUGUGUCGACUAUAGGCCAACAAACCCAAAAUCUACUGCAACAGCAACAGAUGAUUUUGUCAGAAUUGGCUCAAAAUUUUAGUUCACGACCCGAAACCUUACAGUUUCUUCAGGCGGCCGCUUCUAAUAUCAAAAUGGAUUCGUCGCUUCCGUUUUUGUUGCCAAGACUUUUUGAAUCAACCAAUUCUUUAACAAACCAAACCUCUGUCAUUCAAUCUCAUCAGAGUUUGUCUACCACACAGUCGACAACACAAACCAAUACUAUGACUAAUACGACAGCAAAUAAUGAGAAUACGAAAAAAUUAUUUCAGAUAUCGAAAACAACUAAAAAUACAACCAAAUCAGCUAAAGUUGAUAAUAGUUUUAAUGGUCAGCCAUUAUCAACGGUUACUCCCAAUGCAAGUGGUUUGCAUCAAUCGAAUCAAACAACGCAAACCUCUUCAUUUUUACAGUCAUUAACAAGUGAACAGUUAAUGUUACUUAAGAGUCAAUUUGCAGCCGCGUCUUCAACAGCCACUCAAACAGAUGAACACUUAUCAUCUUCAGCGCAGUCUGUUUUUAACUCUGGAAGUAAUUCUGCAAUAUAUUCAAUGGGAGCGCCAGCUUUCCCGGUGUCAUUAACACUAUCUCCGGUAACAGUAUCACCACAAUCGUCAACUACAACUGCUUCCAAUAUAUCAACAACUGUUCAAUCAUCGACAGUAAUACCCCAAUCAAUUGUUAGUGAUUCGACUACUAAUCAAAAUGAGACAAUUUCUUUAGUUACGCCUAUAAAUUCGACUCAAGUAUUAAGUUCAAUGACAACAACAGCUAUUGAAUCAGAUUCUUCUGCCAACACAACAACAUCUGAAAAUUUGAACGACAGCUCUGUCUUUUCAAACGUGUCAACAAUUAUAACGACUUCAUUAUCUCAAUCAGUGAAUAGUAUGUCUUUGGGUACAAACAUGUCAUAUUCGCUGCCAAAUUCUGUUGAUUUAUUACACACACAAUCAAUAGAUUCGUCUGAUUUAAUGCUUACGCCAUCAAACAAAUCGGAUCAAACAACUGUUACCAAUUCGACAAAUAUGAGAAUACCGUCUCCGCCACCAUUUUAUCCACCCGUGGAUUUAGACUCGCAAACUGAUAGCAAUCACGACACAGCACUCACGUUGGCCUGUGCUGGAGGUCAUGAAGAAUUGGUAUCUCUUUUACUGAACAGAGGUUCCGAAAUAGAGCACAGAGACAAAAAAGGAUUUACACCAUUGAUGUUGUCGGCAACCGCUGGCCAUCUUAAUGUUGUUGAAAUAUUAUUGAAUAAUGGUGCCGAUAUGGAAGCACAAUCUGAGAGAACAAAAGAUACUGCUUUAUCACUUGCUUGUUCCAGUGGUCGAUACGAAGUCGUAGAAUUGCUUUUGUCGAGAGGAGCUAAUAAAGAACACCGAAAUGUUUCCGAUUAUACACCAUUGAGUUUAGCUGCUUCUGGUGGUUACGUAAAUAUAAUCAAACUAUUGUUAAGUCAUGGCGCAGAAAUCAACUCACGAACGGGAUCUAAAUUGGGAAUAUCACCGCUUAUGUUGGCGGCAAUGAAUGGUCACGCGGCCACUGUUCGAUUGCUUCUGGAUAUGGGCAGUGAUAUCAACGCGCAAAUUGAGACCAAUCGAAAUACUGCGCUUACAUUAGCCUGUUUUCAGGGAAGAUGUGAAGUAGUAGGACUGUUGUUGGAUAGAAAGGCUAAUGUCGAACAUCGGGCCAAAACUGGUUUAACACCUUUGAUGGAAGCAGCGUCUGGUGGUUAUGUCGAAGUCGGUCGUGUUUUGCUCGAUAAAGGCGCCGAUGUAAAUGCAACUCCUGUUCCUUCAUCGAGAGACACUGCCCUUACAAUAGCAGCAGACAAAGGACACUAUCGUUUUGUUGAACUUCUAUUGUCACGAAAUGCGGCCAUUGAUGUCAAAAAUAAGAAGGGAAACUCUCCACUUUGGUUGGCCUGCAAUGGCGGACACAUCGAUGUAGUCCAGCUAUUGGUUAACGCAGGAUGUGAUAUCGAUAGUCAAGAUAAUCGUAAGGUUUCUUGUUUGAUGUCUGCCUUCCGCAAGGGUCACGUAAAAGUUGUCAAAUGGAUGGUUAAACACGUAAAUCAAUUUCCAUCUGAUCAGGAAAUUACAAGAUUUAUAGCAUUGAUUAACGAUAAAGAGUUAAUUAAGAAGACAAACCAAUGCGCAGAAAUAUUGCGUCAGGCAAAGGAACGACAGGCCGCUGAAGCCAAUAAAAAUGCUACGAUUUUGUUGGAAGAAAUUGAUUUGGAACGGACUCGGGAAGAGACACGAAAAGCAGCGGCCGCUCGAAGAAGAGAACGCAAACGAUUGAAGAAAAAAGAAAAACAAGAUUUGAUUAAAGCGUCUAAAACUACAGGUAGUACUGAUAAAGAUGGCAAACUGUUAAAGAUUGAAGACGACGAUGACAAUGAUGAUGACGAUAAUGAAGAUGACAAUGAAGAGGACGAUGAAAUUGUUGUCGAAGAAGUAACUCGAGUACCAGUGACUGUACCAACUUUACCCAAAGCACCCAAAUCUACAUCAAAUCAAUUUCCUAAAGAAAUACCAACUGAAGAAAAGAGAAAGAUUUCGUCAAAAGAGAACGAAAAGCCGAAAAAAUUGACAAACAAUUUAAUGACUCAAACUUCAAAUACUGUUAAUAAAAAGUCGGGUUUACCUCAAACAAGCUCUAAGAACAAGAAAAAAGAUGAACCAAACAUUUGCGUUGAGUUGAAUAACGAAAGACUAAAUAAUAAACUAAAUUCAUUGCAUUCUUCAAGUGGUCAUAAAGUGGUUUCCGAUAAUUCAAACCACAAGAACAAUGAAAUAUUCUCUGAAUUAUCUGUUGACACCAACGAAACGGCAAGUUCUACAAGUCAUCGAAGUCCUUGCAAUGUCCACAAAAUGACGACAUCGACAAACAAUGUGAGUAACAAUCAAACUAACAGUAAAAAGUGUCAAAAGCGUGAGGAAGGUUGGAAAGAAGUGGUUCGAAAAUCCAAGAAAGUUGUCGUGCCAUCCAAUGCUAUUAGUCGAGUGAUAGGACGCGGAGGAUGUAAUAUAAAUGCUAUACGAGAGAUAUCUGGUGCUCAUAUAGAAGUGGAAAAACAAAAAGGACAGGGAGAUCGUAUGGUUGUUAUUAAAGGAUCAGCUGAUGCCACUAGACAUGCACAGCAAUUGAUUGUUGCGUUGUCUAAAGAGACCGAUAAAGAUUUGUCGGAAAUUAUUAAAUCAAUGGGUUUAAGUCGACCCACAAGUGUGAGCAGUGACGAGAUUAUCACUACUAAAAAUCCACAGAAAAGUCAAAGCACAGCCAUUAUGGCCUCAACACACCGAUCACACAAUACGAAUAAUGUCCUCAAGUCAUCAUCGAUGAGUUCUGUCAGUUCAAUGAGCUCGACAUCAAAUGUAACCACUUUUACCAACCGUUCGACUUUAUUAGUCAAACCGACAGCCAUGAAUACGCAAUUAUCUGCACCGUUUGUCAAUGCAUGGACUAAUAGGUCCAAUAAUUCACGGACAUCACCAUUGACCACAACAACAACAGUGGCCACACCAAUCGUUAAUUCCAAUACAACUAACUCAUCUGCAGUAAUAGCAUCGACGUAUUCGACUCAACCACUGUCCGUCUCAACCAAAUCAACUGUUUCCUAUACAAUGGCAGUGGCUUCUAAAGGCAAAAACACAAAGACAACAACAACCAUAUCCAACACUCAUGUCUCCAAUUCUAAAAUAAUCUCAAGUUCUGAAAUUAAACCAACGAUACCAACGAUGACUAACCAAAUACGUCCGACUGGUGCUCCACAUGGAGUCCAACCAUUUAAUAAUCAGGUAUUUUCUGGCGCUCGUGUUGCUGUUCCCAUGGCUAAUGCAAAUGGUGUAAAAAAUAUGUCACAUUUGCCAUCCACUAAACAACCGUUCAAUAAUGUCCAAACAAUUACCACAACUCAAUCUCCGACAAAAUCUUCAACAGUCGCGUCAACUGAUGAGAGCAGCAAACCAUUGACCACAACUACAACACCAGAAUACACUCCAUUCAAUAAUCUCUUUAGUAAAGUAGCUCAAGGAAGUGUUUGGGGACAGUCUAAAGAUAAACCAAAUUUUGCGAGUGUGGCCGCAUCGGGACUUCCCACUAAUACCUCAGCCAUUUCGAACAACACGACUAGUUUGUCAGUACCUAUUGGAGUACUUGUUCAGCAACAAUCAACUAAAGAACUAUCAAUAGACGCCAGUAAAGCUCCCGGUUAUAGAGGCAAUCUUCACGUAUCUCCUUCUACAUCAAUGACUGCUUCGGGUUCCUCAAAUCUAGGACCAAUUGGAAGUGGUCAUACAAGAAGUGCUCCAUGCACACCACCAUUAAUCUUGAAUGCCGGUCAACUGACACCAUCGAGUGCUACCAAAUUAACAACACCUCCAUUGUCUGGGACGCCUACACCUCCACCACGUAAUCAAAGUCUAUCGAUGACUGACUCACAUAAUACGUCUUAUUUAUUGACCAAUGAAUCGAAACAAUCUCCUGUUAGCGCUAACCCUUCCCCAAGUCAUCAAUUGAUUACUACUUCCAAUAUUACUUCGACAUCUAACGUAUCUUCAUAUCAACAGUUAUUUCAGUCCAAUUCACUGAAUAGUCCUAAUCCUUCAACUAUUGUUCCUAAUGCUAUUAAAUCGUCGCAUAACUACAGUAUGUCAUCACCGAUGAACGUCUCGCAAAGGCAUUCAUAUGGGAAUAAUUCUGUAUAUAACCAGAAUAUGCAGUCAAGUGUCCAUCAAAUGCAAAUGAAUAGCGAACAAAACCUAUCAUAUAAUGUCUCUCAGAGUAAUAUAAUCCAAAGUAACCUCAAUCCUAAUGCACCUGAUUUUUCGACACGUGUUUUGCAACCAACACAAGCGGCCAACGGGUCUUCAAUGGCCGCACAAAAGAGAAUGGCUAUGAAUUCUGUACCGAAUGCAAACGCGAUUGUACUUCAAGACCAGAUGAGAGCUGCUAUAUUGGCUGCUUCGGCAAACCUACAGCUGCAGACACUGCAAAAACAACAAGCAGUUCGUAUGCAAAUGGCAGCCACAAGUGGUCUUCACGCUACAGAUUUCGUGAACAAUACCCCUCCGCCAUCACCUGAAACUCUCAGACUUUUACAUACGGCUAUUAAUAGUUUACCAAAUGCCGGAUCCAAUCAAAGCUUACAGCAGUUGACAUUAAUGCAAAACUCUAAUUAUAUCCAACAACAACAACAACAACAACAAACACAACAGUCACGACUUGCACAGUCACACCUCAACUCAAUGUCCGCUCAAAAAGAUAUUGAAAAUAGUGUUUCCGAUUAUGAAGAGCGAAGACUACCCCGUCCUAUAGGAACCGAAAGAGCACAACGAAAGCAUCCGAACCCUAUAUACCAACAAAUGAAUUCAAUGUCAAACAUGAACGAUAGUAUUUGGCCACUUGAGGCUCCCAAUGAUAUGACUGAUUGGAUCCAAUCACAACAACAACAACAGACACAAAUGCCAAACACAAACAUAAUGUCUGAUAUAAAUCAAAGCCGUUUCAAUGCAGAUGAUAUGCAACAUUUGGAGUCAACACAGUAUCAGAUGAAUAUGGCCUCACAUUACUCAACACCAACUUUACCAUUGAUGGGCAUCAACGGAGUUCCUCCACCUCUCUCGUCAGCUCUCUAUCAAUCGUUAUCGACCAACACUGGCAUUACAGGUACUGACAGCGACUACUGGAAUGCAAAGAUGGCCUUAUCGGCGAUGAAUGUCAAUCUCGACAAUACUUUACCGUCUAAUCAAUCGUCAAAUAGCGACCAAAAAUUGAACUGGAAUCAUUGGAAUCACCAAACGUGACGACUCAAGUGCUUCAAUUGAUUUGGGUUUUAUGUCAUAAUUAACCGUAUUUUUAGUAAAAUGAACAAAUGGUCGGUGCAUUGUUUGAUUUUUCUAAUAUAUAUCAAUUAUGCAUCGCAUUUGAUUUCAUUAAGUGAUUUUAGAAAUUGAAUGCAAACACAUAUAUAUUAUUUGUUAAUUAUUAUAAUAAU